UCUCGAUUUGUUUACAAUACUCAGUCCCGGAUCCAACAUAAAUCUUGAAACUUGUCAAGAAAACUUCUUCAUAUUUUGCUUGGUUUUGGACCAGAAUCAUCUUCUUGGAUCUCUUCUUUUCUCUACAGAAUGGAUUUGAUUUUAGUGCAUGUGGGAGCAAUAGUUUCUGGUCUGCUGUCCUUGGCCCUGCUCUACAAUCUAUGGAGGAAAAGUACUCGCAUAUCUAAGAAUGUUGAUUAUGGCUCUUAUCCUCCACAACCAAGAGGGGCCUGGCCUAUUAUAGGCCACCUUCAUCUUCUAAGUGGCCAGAACCACAUAGCUUAUACUCUAGGCACUCUUGCUGAUAAAUAUGGCCCUGUUUUCACUCUACGUCUAGGCAUGCAACGUGCAGUGGUCGUGAGUAGCCUAGAAGCUAUCAUGGAAUGCUUCACAACCAACGACAAGUGCUUCGCCAAUAGGCCGAAAUCCAGUGCUGGAGAGCAUCUUGUCUAUGCACACAAGCAGUUUGGCUUCAACAAUACUCCAUGUUGUCGCGAAAUGAGAAACCUUAUUUCCUUGGAACUCUUCUCAUCCUCAACGCUCAAGUCAAUCAAGAAACUUCGUGAGUCUGAGACAAUCACAACCAUAAAAAAGUUGUACUAUGAAACAAGAAGAGUGAGGCCAUCCAAAGUGGUGAUCAGCCAUUGGAUUGAAGAGAUGACUUCUAACAUAGUUGUGAAGAUGAUUGUUGGAAAAAGAUACGAAGAUGCUGCUGAAACAAGGGAAGUAGAAAGGCUUAGAAGCAUUAUAAGAGAAGUUGCAUGCUUAUCAGGGCAGUUUGUGGUUUCUGAUGUGAUUCCAAUUCCAUUGUUGAGAUGGAUGGAUCUUCAAGGGCACAUAAAGGGCAUAAAACGGGCAUCGAAAGAUCUUGAUGGCAUUAUAGAGGAGUGGAUCGACGAAUGUAUGAAGAGAAGAGUGAUGAAAGGGGAAGAGGGAGAGGAGCAAGACUUGAUGGAUGAAGUGUUUUCCAUUGUUAAUGACGAGUUCUUGAUUGAUGCACCUACAUGGCGAGCAAUAAUCAAAACCUUUGUGGUGAACAUCAUCCUCGGCAUCUUCGACACAACAUCCGUACACCUGAUAAGGCUCUUCUCAGUACUAACAAACCACAGACAAGUCAUGCAACGUGCCCAAGCAGAGAUAGAGACCAAUGUAGGCAAGCAAAGAUGGGUACAAGAAUCUGACCUCAACAACUUGCUCUAUCUCCAGGCCACCAUCAAAGAAACUCUGCGCUUGUAUCCGCCCCUGCCCCUGUCCCUACCGCAUGAGGCGGCCCACGAAUGCCGUGUUGCCGGCUACCUCAUUCCCAGGGGCACGCAGCUGUUUGUUAACCUGUGGAAACUGCACAGGGACCCUGGAUUUUGGCCGGAGCCUGACAGGUUCCUGCCUGAGAGGUUCUUGAUGACUGGCCAUGCACGUGCAAUGGAAGUCAGGGGGCAGCAGUUUGAGUUCAUCCCGUUUGGUUAUGGGAGGAGAUCGUGCCCUGGAAUCACGUUUGCCAUGGAACUUACAAGCUUUACACUUGCUAGAUUGGUUCAGGGUUUUGAUUUUUCUGCACUGGUGGAGCUGAAUGAAGAUUGUGUUGCUGUGGAGAGGGAGAAUCCAUUGGAAGUGCUGGUUAGUCCACGCUUGUCUUGGCAGCUCUAUGAACAGUUGUAGGACUUUGGUUUCUCAGGAAAUGUGAUGCAUGAAUCAGAUGAGAAUGUUGAACAAUAAUGUGCUGAUUUCUAUGUAUUUUGAUAUCUGUGACUUGUAUGGUUCUUGAAGCAAGAGACGAAGUGGAAUUAUUGAUCAUACAAACC